AUGUCGAUCGAAAGAGUCCGCCAGAGCGCCUUGCGCUCGAACUUCAGCGAACCGCCGACUCCAACUUUGACACGCCAAAAUACAUCGCUCAAUGUGCAUCACCAUCAGCGCCGAUUUACGCAUCCGCAUCUUCUAUCAUCUCGAAAGAAACCACGGAGAUGGCCCCUCGUCUUCCGCUUUAUCAAAGGGGCAAUUCAUGCCGAGAUAUUAGUUCCUGUCUUUCUGCAUGCCCUUUUCACAGCAUUCGUCGUGUACCUCGACACACGCGUCUCCACAGUCGGGUUACCCGCUAGCAUCAUCCCAUCACUAUCCAUCGUCGUAGGUCUGAUUCUCGUCUUCCGAAAUCAAACCUCUUACAACCGAUUCUGGGAUGGACGCAACGGCAUGAGCACAAUGAACACCUGCGUCCGCAAUCUAGUCCGCACAAUAGCAACAAACAGCUACAAUCCCAAGCGUGGUCCGCCCACUGCUUCCGAGAGAGAGGACGUCGAACGUACGAUACGCAUUCUGAUGGCCAUUCCCUUUGCCACGAAGAACCACCUCCGCGCGGAAUGGGGGGCUGCGUGGGCGUUAGGUGGUGCUUUUGGAAACGACAUGGAUGAACAUGGGACUGCGGCGUAUAACCCCGAGUACGCGGGUCUUCUUCCGGCUGGGUUAGUGGGCCAUGAAGAUGAAGGGCUGGGGUUGCCCUAUCAGUUGACAUUCUUUGUGGAUGGCUUUAUCAAACGUGGUGAGGCGAGAGGAUGGUUCCCUGCCCCUGGGGCGAGUCAGAUGCAGGCGCAGUUGAAUACUCUUCUUGAUGCGUAUGGGAGGAUGGAAACGAUUAAGCUGACUCCAAUACCAGUGGCUCACUUGAUACACCAGAAGCAAGUCCUCGCUCUUUUUGGGUGUGUACUUCCUUUCGCAAUGGUCGAUGAGAUGGGCUGGUGGGCCAUUCCCAUUGUGAGCUUGGUCAUAUUCACCCUCUAUGGUAUCGAGGGAAUCGGUUCUCAACUGGAAGAUCCAUUCGGCUAUGAUAGAAAUGACAUCAAAAUGGAUGCUCUGGUCGGUGACACCAAGACUGAGAUCGAUGUGGUUUUAGACGAGUGGCGUCAGCAUUGCAAAGCUAUGGAAGGCAUGAUACAUUCGCGUGAUGGGGAGAUCCAUGGCAAGCAGUGCUUUGAUGCUGGUCAUGGUGCCACGGUGAAUGGAGUGCGGGAUAAGGAGAGCUACAUGCCGCCGGAUUUGUUUCUGAAAUUGAGACCUCGAACAGCAAAUUAG